AUGACUAACAAGACCGUGGAAGUGGACUUCGCCGGACAUGAGCUAGGCAGUGUGGUGUUCGAACAAACCGCUGUCACCUUGUGGCUAGUGGGCAUUGGUGUCUCACUCAUCGGUCUCCUGGUACAGUGCGUCCUCUUCAUCUUGAUACCCCAAUCGAAAAAAUUCGAUGAAAUCAUCGUACAUGAAAUGACUAUUGCAAGAUUUGUGUACACUAUUUUAGAAUUCUAUAUUAUUUAUUACGUGGAAUAUAGCUCUUAUAUUGUUAGAGUCAUCGUUUAUGUGAUAUAUAUGCAUUCAGAUGUGGUCAUGCUUUGUUUUAUGUUCAUUUUUACCAAAAAUCUCUAUAACAAGAUCGUAGUGGUGUUCCCGAUGUUGAAUUACAAUUUGUUGGUGACCUCCGCUGUGACGUGGAUCGCUCCAAUACCCAUAUCAUGCCUGGGUCCGCUGCUGAUGGCAUACAAUCAGUAUUAUUGCACAAUAUAUUGGAAUGUGUACGCGCAUGUAAAGUUCUUUAUAUGUAUUCUAAACGCUUUAGUCUUCAUUGAAAUAAUACGAGUUGCGUUCAGACGAAAUACUUUCUUGAAAACGGUCAUCAUAACUUUCAUCCUGGUGUCGGUCACAAGUUUGCAAGUACUUGUUACCGAUCUGAUCAACUAUUACUAUAAAAAUAUACGCAGUCGAUCUCUCAUGUUGGUAUUCUGUGUCAUCAAUUCUUACCAAGUUCUGGUGUUGACUGGAAUUUUCUUAAUAUUAGUUAAAAGAAAGGUGAAUGAUUCGAUGAUACGUCUCAUUACAAUUAAAUUGAAUGAUCUCAAGCCGAAUUUUGUGAAA